AUGGUCGUCUGGGCAGUAGACGUCCUGCCCUUUCCUCUGACGCUCCCAGACGCCAUCGCCAAAGCCACCACGCACCGCCAGCUGCAGAACAUCUCUCACAUGGGGCAAGAUUUCUGGAGUUCCCCAAAUGCCGCAGAAGUCCAGAACGGCCCGGUGGAGCAGGGCCCGUCCCAGAGCCUGAAGAGCGUGACCCAGGACUGGAGCCUAAACAUGGCCCGGGGCAGACAGGGCAAACUGUGCUUCAUCAACCCUCUCUUCCUGCAGAUGGAGGUCCUGAAGCAGCAGCAGCAGCAGCAGCUCUCAAACCACAGCGCCUCCAACAAGCGGCACAGGUUCAAACGCAGCAUGAGACUGAGACUGUCCGAGUCCUCCAUGAAUCUGUCUCUGGAAGGAGGCUCCUUCUCUCCCCCAGUGUCCCAGGACCAGGACGGAGCAGAGGGGCUGCAGAAGACCAACCCACAGAGGAGGCUCCACGCUGGGGCCGGAGUGCUGAGGAGGACCCCUGCUGUGUCCCCUGGCUCUGUGGAGGAGGACGAUAUGAUGGCUGCUCCCACCGCACAAGCAGGUGAGGACACGCCCACCCCUCCCCCCUCCGCUCCAGUGGGACAGUCCAGCACCGAGGUCUCUGCUCUGGCCUUGGAGAGACGUCCCGCUCCCUCUCUGGCAGACCUGGACAGCAGCAGCUCCUUCAGCAGCAUGGACUCCGACUCGGACUCUGAAAUCGCGUCACAAUCUCAGUCCCAGAGCUCACAGCGCCCCCCUCUGGUGCGCUCCAGAGGCCGCGGCGGGAUGCACCGGAUGAGCGAGGCGUUCGUCUGCUUCUUCGCCCCGGAUAAGCGCCUAACCCGGCUGGUGGAGGAGCUGUCCCGGGAUCGGCGGUCCACGUUCGGGGGAAUGGUGCAGGAUUUUCUUCUGACUCAAAGAGAGGCCUUGAAAUCCCUGGCCUCGGCCUCGGCUCCGGGCGUGACGUCGGUGCAGCUUCUCCAGGGCCUCAGGAUGUUUCUGUCCCAGGCCAAGUGCUGCUUACUGGACAGUGGAGAGCUGGAGCCGCCCAUCGAGACGCUGGUGCCGGAGAAUGAAAUGGACCUGGCCUUGGAGAGAGCCAUGUUUGUCACUAAUGUCCACUCUCUGUCCUCUGUAGACCUGGCCCUGGAGAGAGCCAUGUUUUCCUGUGUGCUCCGCCCUCUGCGCUCACACCUGGAGAAGGCUCUGGUGACGCUGCACGACCAGGACGGCUCGAGCCAGCGCCUGUCCCAGAACAUGGUGCGGCUGAAGGGGGACGGAGCCAUGGCCAAGCUGGGGGUGCGCACUGGGGUCCCGGACAGCAGAGAGGUGGAGCGGCUCAGGCUGAAGCUGAGUGUGAUGCACCGGACUCACUCGCCCAUAGACAAAGUGCUGCUCCUUCUGCAGAUCUGCAAAUGUGUGCACAAGGCCAUGGGGGUCCCGCACGGACAGGAAGUGAGCUGGGAGGACUUCCUGCCCUCGCUGUCAUACGUCAUUGUUGAAUGUAACCGGCCUCAGCUCCUGCUGGACGUGGAGUUCAUGAUGGAGCUGCUGGAACCCUCGUGGCUCGGAGGAGAAGGGGGCUACUACCUGACGAGUGUGUUCUCCAGCAUGUGCCUGAUCCAGAGCUGGGACCGAGAGAGACCACAAGGGGGCUUCAUGACGCCCCAGGCCCAGGAGGCGCUGCAGGAGUGGAGCAGCCGCCGCAGCAGAGAGGCCCAGAGGCACAAGGAGAACCAGCACAGCCAGAGGUGUGUUCGGAUACUCUUCCAGGACGGGGAUCGGAGCGCAGUGCGGACCUUACAGUGGCGGGCGGGGGAGACGAGCCAGGCGCUGGCCCAGCUCUGCGCUUCCACUUUUGAGGUGUCCGACCCUCAGCAGUACACCCUGUUCUGGAGGAGUGGAGGCGAGAUGAGAGCCCUGCCGCCCCAGGCCCAGCCACAGGACCUGGCCAGCCACAGCGAGGGCGGGCCGUCUCUGUCCUACCUGCGCACUGACCACGACUUCAGCAAGAUGCGCCGGCUCACCAGAGGGGGCGCUGUGGACCUGAGCGAAUCUGUGUGUGAGGAGUGA